GACGUCACCUGGGAAGCACUUGGGUUUCUAGCCAGGAUCAGCCUGCUGUUACUCAUGUAGCUGGCUAGUGAUCUGGGAAGUUGUUGCCCAACUGUCGACACCUUUUUUUCUGAGACUUCAACAAUAGUUGUUGCAAGUGUCCACAUUUUUUACUUUACACAUCGUAGCGACACAAUGUCUUUCGUCCCGGGACAGCCGUUGACUGCUGUUGUGCAACGAAUUCAGAUCCAGAAGUUGCGGCAGGGAGAAAAUCUCAUCCUGGGAUUUAGCAUCGGAGGAGGGAUAGACCAGGACCCUGGUCAGAACCCCUUCUCUGAUGACAAGACUGACAAAGGCAUCUAUGUGACCAGGAUAACACCCGGAGGACCAGCAAACGCGGCAGGCUUGAGGAUGGGAGACAAACUAAUGCAGGUGAACGGCUGGGAUAUGACCAUGGUGACCCACGACCAGGCUCGUAAAAGACUAACAAAGAAGAACGAGGACGUGGUGCGGCUACUGGUAACCAGGAAGUCGUUGGAAGAGGCUGUCAAACAAUCUAUGGGCUGUUUCCCCAGGCAGUAAUGUAGUGGCACUACUUACAACCACAGACUAAUGCAAUACCCAGGACCCAACACUGCCACAAAUUCAGAUGAUGGUGUCACCCUGGCCUUUAUAACUACGUCAAUGCAAAAAUAUUAAGGAGACCACAUCAGAUCGUUUAAUAUCUAGGUGAUUUAUCCAGAUGCCUGAGUCUGUGCAGGAUAUCAUGUCAUUGGACAAAGAGAUGGUGCUUUUUCUUUCCAAACACACUCCUACUCAUCUCAAAGUUAUCUGCUUUACUUUUUAUAGAUCUCUGUAGCAUAUCCUUGUGAAAUAUGGAGCAAUCCAAAACUCUUUUUCAGAUCAACAGGGCUUAAAUACAUUUAAUCCAAAUCUGUUCUCGAAUUAAAUGAAGAAUUCAGCGUGAGA